AUGGCGGACGAUUCGCUCAAAAAGGCCGCCAAACAGCUCCAAUCAAAGCCCCCAGUCGUCGCCAGUAAAGAUGGUGGCGAACCUCCCGCUACUGGAUCGGAAAAACCUCCGUCGCCUCCUCCGCCGGAAAAACCGUUGCCUGGGGAUUGUCUACAUCUUCAUUCCUCACCUCGAUUUCGUCAAUUGCUAAAAGAGGUGCCAUCUGAAGCAUUUUCUCUACCAUCCGUCCCUCGAUGCAAACAUUGCAAAGCGAAGCGUUUCAUUCAUGAAACAACAGGCUUUUGUUGUGCCGAUGGAAAAAUUUAUCUCGCAACAAACGAUGUGCCGAAUGAACUUUAUGAAUUGUUUACUUCCAGUAGCGAAGAAUCUACACAUUUUCGAACAUACAUUCGAACUUACAACAAUAAAUUUGCUUUUACAUCAAUGGGAGUUACUUACGACAAAUCAAUGUGUCGAAGGAAUAAAGGAAUAUAUACUUUCAGAAGCCAAGGGCAAAUCUAUCACACAAUCAAUAAUUUACUACCAUCUGAUGGACGUCCCUCUAAUCUGCAACUAUAUUUUUAUGACACCGAGAAUGAAUUGGAGCACCGACUUAAUGAUUCAAAAUGCAGAUUGGAUCCAUCUGUUACAACUCAACUUAUGAAUAUCCUUCGAAUCAAUCCGUAUUCUAUAUUCUUUCGUUCACUUGGAGAUUUGCCAGAUUUGGAAACACAAAUAAUUCAAGUAAGAGAAGAUGUUGGGCUAGAUCAGCGUGUAUUCAAUGCUCCUACAUCCUCACAAGUUGCAGCAAUUUGGGUGGAAGAUGAUGAAGGGUAUCAACAAGGAGGGCGUGACAUUUUUGUGUAUAAUCAUGAUGGUGGAAAACAUAAAGUUCAAUAUUACUACGGCUGUUACGAUCCAUUACAAUAUCCAAUUUUAUUUCCUCACGGAGAUUGUGGUUGGCAUCAACACAUAAAACGAAUUGGAGGACACACAACCAGAUCCAAUGUUCGUAGCCCAACAAUAGAUCCUCAACAGUCAACCACUGUAGAAGAAUUACUUGCCGCUGAAGAACGAGUAUCAAACCGACAAAAAAAGGAAGCAGUAGUUUCGUGUCGCGAAUAUUAUUGCUUCAAAUUACAAAUAAGAGAAGAUGCACGAUCAAUUUUGCUACUCUCAGGACGACUGCUACAACAAUAUGCCGUAGAUAUGUAUGUCAAGAUUGAGACAUCAAGAUUAGACUAUUACAGAAAUGAGCAACAACAUAUUCUAUUCGAGUUGUAUAAAGGUUUAGUUGACACAGUAACGCUUGGAGAAAGAGAUGCUUCUAAUGUUGGCAGAAGGAUAAUAUUGCCCUCUUCUUUUAUUGGAGGUCCACGAGACAUGAGAAAGAGAUACAUGGAAGCUAUGGCUUUGGUUCAGCGAUGUGGAAAACCGGACAUUUUUUUAACGAUGACUUGCAACCCAAACUGGAAAGAAAUUACCAAUGAACUAAGCCAACAUGAAGAAGCUCAAAAUAGACCCGAUUUAGUUGCUCGAGUAUUCCAUGCCAAACUGGAAGAAUUAAAAGAUAAAUUAUUUAAACGUGAAAUAUUCGGCAAGGUUGCCGCAUACGUCUAUGUUAUUGAGCACCAAAAAAGGGGCCUACCACACACCCAUUUUUUAAUUAUCCUACAAAGCGAUUGGAGAUUACAUGCACCCGAAUCUUUUGAUGAGAUAGUAUCAGCGGAGAUUCCUGAUAAAAAUACAAACAUGCACUUGCAUAACGCUGUUGUGAAACACAUGAUGCAUGGACCAUGUGGAGAUUUGAAUCGAUCAAAUGCUGUCAAGUACCUGUACAAGUACAUUUAUAAGGGUCAUGAUCGUGUUGCUUUCAACUUAGUAUCUGAACCAAGAAAUGACGAAGUUGAUGAAAUUCGCCAGUUCCAAAUGGCCCGAUGGAUUGCAAAGACUCCGAAGUUAUGUGGAGAAUAUAUGGGUUUAUUGUUAAUGAGAUGUACCCGUCGGCAUUUAUAG